GGCUGCGCUGCAGGGUUGACCAGGUCUCGGGAAGGCUUCGACCGGGGACCGAUUUAUUCAAAAAGUCCACGGCCAUCUCUCAUCUCCCGUCAAUAUUGAUAGGUCUUCCUUCGCCUCCUCCUCCUCUCGAUGAAAUCCUUGGGAGGAAAGACACGGGCACGGGCACCCACAUCCUCGAGGGGAAAACCCAUGCUGAGAGGAAGCCCUGCAUCAUGCCUUCUCCACCGGGCAACCCUUGAGAAUAACUUGGCCGCACCUUGAGACACAUUAUAAUUGAGAUCAUCCCAUCCGAAUUCUUCUUCCCCAGGGAAUAAGCUUUCUCCGUACGGAUGGAGAAGCCGGAGCUUGGGAGGCUGGUGAUUUGCUCCAUCGUCGUCUUCCUCGGAACGUUGGCCUUCUCGUGCUCCGUCGCUGCUGAAUUCAAGAAAGUGAAGGCCAAGGAUAUGAAACUGGAUGGAAGCCUCUGUUCGUUGCCGAGGAGCUCCGCUUUCGGAUUGGGGAUCGCAGCGGUCGUCUGCCUUUCGAUAGCCCAAAUUGUCGGGACCUCCACAGUAUGUAUUCGCUCGGGAGACAAAAAAAAGACCAGCAGAAGCCGAAUCGUCUACAUCACCCUAUUGGUUUUAUCUUGGAUCAGCUUUGGAUCGGCCGUGAUUCUAUUGGCUACCGGGUCGAGCAUGAACGGCGGGCAGCCCUACGGGAAAGGAUGGAUGGAUGGGAAUUGCUACAUCGUCAGGAAUGAAGUAUUCCUCGGCGCAGCCGUACUGGUCGUCACGACCGUAGUUUUCACUCUCGGAUUCACGUAUGCAGUGGGAGCAACGAUACGCCAUCGCACCCGACCGGACGAGGGAGGGAGGGAUCAUCAGCAACGGAAAGUAAUUAAUUGAGCCUCCGAUCGCAUCGGAUCCCAUCUAGAUGACGGCAGCGACUAACGUUGUUUCUUUGAGUCAUGCUCGGUUGGAAAAUUCAUCCUUGCAGCAUAACGUGGCAACCUUUUUUUUUUGGUAAAUAAAGGACCCCAACUUUCAGCGUCACUGAAAAAGAAAAAAGAGGCAAUGGAAGAUGACCGGGCCCGACUCUCGGAAUAAGAUACUUGUGCAGCUGGGUCCAUAAAGGCCCGCUACCAUUGGUCGCCUCGCCACCAAAAUCUCAUGUUGUCCUGGACGCAAAGAAAUACACAGGCUGUUACAUUUUUUUCUAUAUAUAAAAAAAACUGCUAUUCAUUAAACUCCA